AUUAAACCAAGUAAAAGGUAAAGUCAUCUGAUAACAAGUCAGGAUGUCGUCCACAACUCAGAAACAACAGAACUUUGUGUCAGAGCCAAUGGGAGAUAAGCCUGUAACUGCUCUACCAGGAAUAGGACCGGUUCUUGGUGAAAGACUCAACGAGGCGGGGUUUGAUAAGGCGAAAGAUGUUCUGGGCCAGUACCUGGUGAUGAAGGAAGAUAAGGAGAGUUUUAAGGGCUGGGUGAAGGACACAUGUGAUGCUAAUUCCAAACAGGCGGAGGACUGCGCCAAUUGUCUGAAAGACUGGUCUAAUGAUCACGUGUGAGGUGCCUGCCCUGUCAAACUAUGCUUCUGUCCACAACACAAAAAUCUUUUGUUUGAACAUGUAUUGGUGGUGGUGCUUGGCCUGGACGGAAGUUGCAGGAAAGGAUUAUUUUAAGUUGUUAAUGUGCUUGUAA